GGAUGCAUAACUCCGUCUUCCAGACGGGAGGACUGAGGCUCUCAGUUCGGUUGGACACACACGUAAGAUCACACUGGGGAAGUCACAGCACAACUGGGGCUGUGGAUGCAGCCCUUGGUAAAGUCCCUGGGUUUGUCCCCAGCGCUACAUUAGCAUGCUGUGGUGUACACCUGUCAUCCCAGCACUGCGGAGGUAGAGGCAGGACCACCAGGAGGACAAGAUCGUCUUUGGCCAUGUAGCAAACUGGACACCAACCUGGACGACAUUCUCACACCUAGACACACAUAAAAGGUUCAGGGACAAUAUGUCAGUCAAUAAAGUGCAUGAGGACCCUAGUUCAAAUCCCCCAAUACUUGCGUUAAAGCAAGUGGCCGUGGCAACGAUGUAAGGAAGUAGCCAGCACUGGGGUAAGGGAGUGAAGAAAGAUUCUGCAGAGCCAGCAAGCUCCAGGGGUUCAGGUAGAAGCUGAGUGCAUGCCUUUAAUCGAUACACAGUGAGCUCCAGGUUGUUUCAAACAAACAGAUAAAAGGCAGAGAGUGAGAAAGACACCAAAUGUUGACCUCUGAGCUACACUUGCUUGAACUCUCACACACAGGUGCACAUACCACACACACACACACACACACACACACACACACACACACAGUACAGCAUAACCAAGUGGGGGCAUCCAAUGAAUUCCACAGACUGCUGCCACUGGGCUCCACAGUCUAGCCUGAGACCAGAAGUGAAGAUUCUGACCCAAGGUCAUACCUGGGCACAGCUGAGUUAGGGACUAAUGAGGCUCACUUUUCAGGGCAACUGAAGCAUGGAGUGCUCAUGACUGGGAGGUCGCGAUGGGUCACUAUCACCACGUUCCCAGCUCAGCGCUGCCCGCCCCACUCCUGGCGCUGUGAGCACGUGCUGCCCCUUUAAUGCCCCAAGUCCUCCUCCCCUUGCAGGCAAACGCCGUGAUUGCACGGGCCCGUGGGACCGGCGGUCCAGCACGUUGUGCGCGUGCGCAGUUGGAAGCGCAUUGGCGGCUCUGCGGGGGCCGCGAGCAGGAUGGCGUGCGCUCCGGCGGCCCUCGGUCCCCACGCUCUCUGGGCCGUCGUCUGGGGACUCCUGCUGCUGGUCCCCGUGCCUGCCGGGGCGCAGCGUGGCAGAAAGAAAGUCGUGCACGUGCUGGAGGGCGAGUCCGGCUCCGUGGUGGUGCAGACAGCGCCCGGGCAGGUGGUGAGCCACCGCGGUGGCACCAUCGUCUUACCCUGCCGUUACCAUUACGAGGCGGCCGUUCACGACCACGACGGCGUCCGCCUCAAGUGGACGAAGGUGGUAGACCCUUUGGCCUUCACCGAUGUCUUCGUGGCUCUGGGUACCCAGCACAGAGCCUUUGGUCCCUACCGAGGGCGAGCCGAGCUGCAGAACGACGGGCCCGGGGAUGCCUCCCUGGUCCUCCGAAAUGUCACCCUGCAGGACUAUGGACGCUACGAGUGUGAGGUCACCAAUGAGCUAGAGGAUGACGCCGGCGUAGUCAAGCUGGACCUGGAAGGCGUGGUCUUCCCCUAUCACCCUCGUGGAGGCCGCUACAAGAUGACUUUCGUAGAAGCACAGCGAGCUUGCGCUGAACAGGAUGGCAUUCUGGCAUCCGCCGAGCAGCUGCAUGAAGCCUGGCGCGAUGGCCUGGAUUGGUGCAAUGCAGGAUGGCUACGCGAUGGCUCCGUGCAGUAUCCAGUGAGCCAGGCGAGGGAGCCCUGUGGCGGGGCAGGGAGCAAUGGGGCUGGUGAAGGCACCAAUGGAGGCGUGCGCAAUUAUGGAUAUCGCCAUAACGCUGAGGAACGCUAUGAUGCAUUCUGCUUCACGUCCAACCUCCCUGGCCGCGUGUUCUUCCUGAAGCCUCUCCGGCCGGUGGCCUUGGCCGGGGCAGCUCGCGCUUGCGCGGCGCGCGGUGCGACAGUGGCCAAGGUUGGGCAGCUGUUCGCCGCGUGGAAGCUGCAGCUGCUGGACCGCUGCACUGCCGGCUGGCUGGCCGAUGGCAGCGCGCGCUACCCCAUCGUGAAUCCGCGAACUCGCUGCGGGGGGCCCCGGCCGGGCGUACGCAGCCUCGGUUUCCCUGAAGCCUCACGACGUCUCUUCGGCGUCUACUGCUACCGCGCUCCAGGUGCCCCAGACCCGGCUCCAGGAGGCUGGGGCUGGGGCUGGGAGGGCGGAGGAGGCUGGGCAGGAGGGUCGAGGGACCCGGCUGCCUGGACCCCGCUGCGUGUCUAGGACUGCGAGGACUGGCGUUUGGGGAUGUUGGUGGCGAGCCAGCCCUGCACACCCCAUGGAGACAGACUACAUACCAGAAAACCCUUGAACACGCCACACCCCCGUGGUGUGCUGAAGGCUGACUCAACUACCUGUGGUCUUAGGACACUGACCACACCUCCUGAUGUCUCCUUGAUACACGAUGUACCCUGCAGUGCCCUGCACGCUGACACACCAGUUGAGGUCCUUGUUCGCUGACUGUGCCACUCUCUGAGACACCCUGAUAGUGGCCAAGCCCACUUUUCUGGAUAGUGGAUGUCCUAUCUUCGCGACUUUGUCUGGAAGAGCCUCGCUCCCCAUCCUCAACUUCCAGGAUCUCAGUAGACCAACAAGACUCCACGGUUUCCUAAAAACCUUUCUGUGGCCUCCUGGAAAACAGUCCCUGUCAGUCACCUGGAGGCUGGACCCCCAGGAUUAACUGGAGACUGGCCACACAAACCCUCUGCCUUUCCCAGGAGCUGGAAAGCUGGUCUUAGACAGUCGACUGUCCACUGACUUUUCCUCAUUAUUUGGUGAAGAAACAGAAAACUAUGAGUCAAAAGGUGGCCACGCCCUGUUCCAGCAGAGGUGGCUUAGAGGCUGGGUAUUCCUGCUCUUCCAGAGGGUCUAACUUUCCAGGGUAGCAUGCCUAAUCCCCAGUCACUAUGGAAGAGAGUCCCAACACCUCUGGCUUCAUGGGAGAAUGUUCCCAGCUGGCUCCCAGGAACAGUGGCCAUGCCUACCCCUCAGGUAUUUCUCUGGCCAGAGAUUAGACUCGCCUGAAUGUCCCUUCGCAGCCUCCUUGGAGCUGUCACCAAAGACAUCAUUUCCUCAAACCUGAAACCCCUGAAAAUGUCACUUGCUAUAGAGACAUGCUGCUCGGCUUCUUAAGAUGAAGUCACUAGCGCAUCUUUACUUGUCCUCUCCCCCUACACCGGUUCCACGCUUUCCUUUCUUACUGGCCUAGAGCCCAGACACCUACCACUCCAUUUCCAAAUGUCCCCAUCCUGAUGGACCACUAUGGAGACUGUUUUCCCCAGAGUCCUCAGGGUGACCCAGCAUUCAUUUCUCUAGGCCUCUCCAUGGAAACAAGCUGCCCCAUUCCCAAGGUGCACCUCCCGCUCUUCUCAGCCGACCGAAUCCCUCCCCGAGAGAGCUUAAACCUCACAGCUGUUGCCAUGGAGACCAAACUCUGGUGUCCAAGAUAACAGAACACCUGUCCUUCCAAGGUUUUCCCUCCAGGGUCCUGUCCUGCUCAGCUGUCGCCAUAGAGACCGUCAAUGUCUCCAUGACAACUGAUCUGCAGCUCUGAGGAACUUCUUGCCAAGGGCAGAGUUCUGAUUGGAGCUGCCUACUGUGUUCCCUUCUUCAGAUGGGCCCAGACAGGGCUUUGCUUCUGGAGCAGCUGCCUGCCACAGUUCAUUUGCAUGCUAACUCUACAACAGGCAGCAGUUGAGCAGGAGCCACUACUGAAAUCCCAGCAUUUUAAAUUAUCACCCUGUAGGUGAGAAAAAUGACUGUAGCUCCACACAGGGUCAGAGCUUUCCUUCCUGGAGAUCAAGGAGGGUAGAAUGUUCCUGAAACCACCAAUUCAGUUUCCGAGGGACCACGUAUGUUCAAGGGUCAGGGCCAACAUCCAAAGACUGUAUAGUCAGGGCCAUCCCAGACGCAGGGUUUCCCAGCUCUGAGGUACUGCUUGGAGUAGCAGGUGCCCUUGCCAGCACCCUCCUGCCUGCCCCAUUCUGUAAAACCCACCUUUGAGUCUGGAAGCUGGGUGGCUGUGGGCUCAAGCCAUACAUUUUGUUGUAAAAUGUUUGACCAAGUGACAGAA